AUGAUUAUGUACGGAGGAGGAGGAGAAGGGAAGGACGGCGAAUCAACCGAUCAUAUAUCAGAUGGAGGAGUAGUACUGAAGAAAGGGCCAUGGACGGCAGCGGAAGAUGAGAUACUUGCUGCUUACGUUAGAGAGAACGGUGAAGCUGUCGUCUCCGUUGGGCCAAUCAUCUUCAACCUAAUCUCAAGAAAGGUUCUUUCACAGGCGAUGAAUAACGUCUCAUUAUCCAGCUUCAUGCUCAGUUUGGUAACAAAUGGGCUCGCAUGGCCGCUCAGUAACGAUCAUUUCACUUUCCCUAGAACCCCACCUCUCCUCGAACUGCCUUCAUCGCUCCUUACCAAACAUUACAACAAUGCUAACACUUCUCUCAAUUGCAUCAACUGCGUUUCAACUGCAUCGUUUUCCCCCGUUUCAAGAGACUCUGACAGUUCUUUUCUAACAGUACCUUACUCUUCCCCAACAGCUCAAACCGCGACUUACAAUAACACUAAUAACAACUACUCUUCCUCUCCUCUCUCCUCUUUAAACCCUUCUUCCUACCCUACAUCAACUUCUUCCCCAAGCUUUCUUCACUCCUACUACACUCCUAAUUUAUCUUCCACCUCCUUUCAUACGAACACAGCUUACUCCAUGCAACAAGAGCUCUCUUCACACCAAACUCCUCAGUCAGAUGCCUUUAAAAGUGCUAACAAUUUAAUAAAAAAUGAGAAACAAAACAGUACGAGGCUUCACAGACGAAGUACUAGCUGCAGCCUUGUAGAGGAUGUCCUUAAAGAUGCCGAGGCUCUAGACAUCGGAGCCCGACCUCCAAAACGGAGACAACUCACAGCUUCUCCUCCAAAUAACCAUAACAACAAUGAUUACUUCUUCUCGAUUAAUUUUGGACAGCUUGACUCUUCUGAAAACACAUAUUUGAAAUCAAAGGAAGAAGAGUCUCUUCAGAUGAACACGAUGCAAAAGGACAUAUCUAAGAUUCUUGACUGGGGAAGUAAUAGCGGAGACAUCUCGAAUGAAAAAUCAUCUGUUGUCACUGACGACGAUUUUGUUUUUGAUGUUCAUCAAUUUGCCUUACUAUUCCCGGCUGAUUCUACGGCCACAACAACCGCGGCAAACGACGAACAAAACAACAAUAAUAACAAUAACUACUCAUGGGAUGACUUGCAUGAAAUUAAAUAG